GGCCCCUUGGCCACCCCGGGGUGUCCCCUGACGUGUCCCCCCCCCCCCCCCCCCCGUGCCCGGCAGGCAGCGGCGGGCGCCCCGGGCCCGGACGAGGGGCAGGAGCGGAAGCGGGAGCAGACGGCCUACGCCCGGCGGGUGCUGCUGCGCCUGGCGGGGCUGCUGGGCGCCGGCGCCGGCGCCACCGUCCUCUACGUCUUCGGCAACAACGCGCUGGACGAGCACGGCGCCAAGAUCCCGGAUGAGUUUGACGGCGACCCCGUGGUGAUCCAGCAGCUCCGGAGGACCUACAAGUACUUCAAGGACUACCGGCAGAUGAUCAUCGAGCCCACCAGCCCCAAGCUGCUGCCCGACCCGCUGCGCGAGCCCUACUACCAGCCGCCCUACACCCUCGUCAUCGAGCUCACCGACGUCCUGCUGCACCCCGAGUGGUCGCUCGUCACCGGUUGGCGCUUCAAGAAGCGCCCGGGCAUCGAGAGCCUCUUCCAGCAGCUGGCACCGCUCUACGAGAUCGUCGUCUUCACCUCCGAGACCGGCAUGACCGCCUUCCCCCUCAUCGACAGCGUCGACCCCCACGGCUUCGUCUCCUACCGCCUCUUCCGCGACGCCACCCGCUACAUGGACGGGCACCACGUGAAGGACAUCUCCUGCCUCAACAGAGACCCCGCCAAGGUGGUGGUGGUGGAUUGCCGCAAGGAGGCCUUCUGCCUGCAGCCCUUCAACGGGCUGGCGCUGGCCCGCUGGGACGGCAACUCCGAGGACCGGACCCUCUACGACCUCGCCGCCUUCCUCAAGACCAUCGCCCUGAGCGGCGUCGAGGACGUGCGCACGGUGCUGGAGAACUACUCGCUGGAGGACGACCCGCUGGCCGCCUUCAAGCGGCGCCAGUCGCAGCUGGAGCAGGAGGAGCAGCAGCGGCUCGCCGAGCUCGCGCAGGGCAGGCAGCGCCCGCAGCUCUUCCUCGGCUCCCUCGCCGGGCGCCUCUGGCCCCGCUCCAAGCAGCAGUGACGGCCGCCGCCUUCGCCCUCUUCUUCUGUACAUUAUAUAUAUGUAUAAAAACCA